AUGAAAAUUCUCAUUUUCGCAGUCUUAGUGGGAAUCAGCACAGCCCAAAACGGUGGUAGGGUUCUUGAACCUCCAACACCAGCCCUAUGUGCUCAGAGAACCAUUCAUGAAAGAACGCCAGAUGGUAAAGGAUACUUCCUUAGUUGGAGAGACCCUAAUACGAAAGGCGUAGAACUAGACUGGUUGAGUGCAAGAAAUUUCUGCAGGAAACGUUGCAUGGAUCUGGUAUCUCUGGAAACUAGUGCUGAAAACGAAUGGAUCAAAAGGCGAAUUGUCGAUGAGAAGGUGAAAUACAUCUGGACCUCGGGCCGCCUCUGCGACUUCAAGGGCUGCGACCGCCCCGACCUGCAGCCCGUCCAGAUAAACGGCUGGUUCUGGACGGCCGUCCUGCAGAAACUGGCUCCCACCACGCAACGCGACCAGAACGACUGGUCCGAGAGCGGCGGCAUCGGCCAGCCGCAGCCCGACAACAGGGAGGCCGUCCAGGGGGGCGCGGCCGAGAACUGUCUCGCGGUGCUCAACCAGUUCUACAAUGACGGCGUUAACUGGCACGACGUGGCUUGUCAUCACGUCAAACCGUGGGUGUGCGAGGAGAACGACGAUCUGCUGAAAUACGUUCGGUUUUCCAACCCCAAUUUUCUGGUUUAA